GCCUGCGCUAGCAAUCACAAGAUGGCGGAGAGUGCGGAACUAAAGCAAAUGGUGAUGAGCCUGCGGGUGUCAGAGCUGCAGGUUCUUCUGGGCUACGCAGGCAGAAACAAACAUGGACGAAAGCACGAGCUCCUGACUAAAGCCUUACACCUCCUUAAAGCCGGCUGCAGCCCCGCCGUUCAGAUGAAAGUCAAGGAGCUUUACAGACGACGAUUCCCCACCAAGUUGGUUUCCCCGGCAGAACUGGCCCUGCCCGGAGUCCACCCCGCCACUGCUUCCUUGCCCCCUGGCCUCACGCAGCUGGGAUAUGAUGGGCACGGUGCGCCCCAGUCCCCUCUGCUUCCCAUCUCCCUCCUCGGGCCCAAACACGAGCUGGCCCUACCCCAUCUCCCCACUAGCCUGCACCCUGUACACCCUGAUGUCAAACUGCAACGGCUGCCCUUCUAUGACGUGCUGGAUGAGCUCAUUAAACCUACGAGUCUUGCUUCAGAUAACAGUCAGAGGUUUCAGGAAACAUGUUUUGCAUUUGCAUUGACGCCACAGCAAGUCCAACAAGUCAGCAGCUCAAUGGACAUAUCGGGGACCAAAUGUGACUUUACUGUGCAAGUACAGUUACGGUUUUGUCUAUCAGAGACAAGCUGCCCCCAGGAGGACCACUUUCCCCCUAAUCUUUGUGUUAAAGUCAAUGGGAAACCGUGUAAUCUCCCAGGAUAUCUGCCUCCUACCAAAAAUGGCGUGGAACCAAAGAGGCCCAGCAGACCCAUCAACAUUACCUCACUGGUCAGACUGUCCACAACUGUCCCCAACACCGUUGUAGUCUCCUGGACAUCAGAAAUUGGACGGAGUUAUUCUAUGGCAGUGUACCUGGUCAAGCAGCUGUCAUCCACAAUGCUUUUGCAGAGGCUACGGGCUAAAGGCAUCAGAAACCCAGAUCACUCCAGAGCACUCAUAAAGGAAAAGUUAACGGCAGACCCUGACAGUGAAAUAGCAACCACCAGCUUAAGAGUUUCAUUAUUAUGUCCGCUGGGAAAGAUGCGGCUAAUGAUUCCGUGUCGGGCGUUGACGUGUUCACACCUGCAGUGUUUUGAUGCUACGCUUUACAUCCAGAUGAAUGAAAAGAAGCCCACAUGGGUGUGUCCUGUCUGUGACAAAAAAGCACCCUAUGAACAUCUCAUCAUUGAUGGAUUGUUUAUGGAGAUUCUGAACAGCUGUUUAGAUUGUGAUGAAAUUCAGUUCAAGGAAGAUGGCAACUGGGCCCCCAUGCGGUCGAAAAAGGAAGUGCAGGAAGUGUCUGCCUCAUACAAUGGCAUCGAUGGUAAGUUUUAG